CCACAAACAUGGCGCGGUUGAGAUUUCCUGGUCGUCCUGGAUGCAGGUUUGAUCGUAUGGGUAUCCGAUACGGCGCCGAUGAUGCAAAAAACGUCAAGGAUCCAACCUUGGUUCUUGUGGCCAGCAUUCACAGAGGCCUGCGACUGUUCCGUGAAUUGUUUGGAGAGUCAGAUGAGGAGGAGGACUUUGAGGGUUUCACUCCAAAAGAUGUGCAGAAAUCGGAAAAGAAACUUAAGGCGAUGCUGGCGCUAUGUGAAGAUUCGCCGGAAAAAAUUGUCCCAUCAUCAAAGCCAGCCAGCAGUAGGAUUGCUAAGGCCAAGGUCAACCUGACAGCCACUGAUCGUGGACGUGGCGUCCGAAAAUCUUAUACAGAACUUCUAAAGCACGGCAUUGUUAAACCAUCGAAGCCUUCCCUGUUGAAGCAAGCGAGGGAGGAAACGCAGAAAACCCUCAAAAUCAAAUUUAAAAUAAAAAAGGAAAAAUCAGGACUGGAGGGUUCCCCUAAAUUGUCUCGUAAAUCUCUGGACAAAAAGAGUGUCAAGUUUGAUUUGACCCCAAAAGGUCAAGGUAAAGGAAAAUCUAUUGAGAAAGGAAGUAAAAAAAUGGCAGUGGUGCCAGUUAAACAGAAAAAGGGGAAGAAAUGUCUCGAAAGGACAGAGGAGGAAACGCCGCGAUAUGCCAAGAAAAAGGUCAAAGAGAAAGAUAAGUUGUCAUCAGUUAAGGGAUCAAAAGGGGUCAAAGGUCAACAGAACCUGGCUAAGCAGCUACUUCAGAAAGCUCGAAAAGGUCAACAAACUGUCAAAGUGCAAGGGAAGGUCAAAUCUCCCAUCAUGAGCCCCAAGAGCCCUAAAAAUCAAGCGUAUCCUCGGAAACAGUUUGUGCUACCAACGCAAAGUUCAAGGUCAUCUAGAGUUAUAAUUCCAAACAAGAGAUUUUUAGAACAGGACGAUUUUAAUCAAAUUAUGACCAAGAGAACACGAAUGGAGGAAAGUGCUUUGUCACCCAAAUCAGAAACAUCUGCUGCCACUAGUCCGAGGUCAAGGGUACAGGAAAGGUUAAAGGUCAAGACUGAACAGCUGAAGUCACCACAAUUGACCAGCCUGUCCCCAGGGCCGGCAGUCCCGCACAUUCCUCCCGGUCAACUGACCAGCCUGUCCCCAGGGCCGACAGUCCCGCACGUUCCUCCCGGUCACCUGUUUGAUCCCAUGGAAGCAGGACAGACCCUGUCACUUUACGACCAACCAUUAAUAAUCGAGGGAAAGCGAGCCCGGAAGCCAAGUCUUAAGGUCCGCAUCAAACUCACAGACGAACGUAUUCAGGCCUUUCAGGUCAAAUCAUUUGAGAAAAAACUUGAGGCACGUAAAACGAUAGAGGCCGAGAAAGCCCAGACAUCCGAGUUGAAGAGAGUACACCUCACGCCCUCGAAGCUUGCAGGUGCUGUCACAUCUAAACUACCAACAUCACCAAUUUUUGCGCCACCCAAAUUUGGCGUUAGUGGACGAAGCGCCCUCUCAGAGAGACAGAGGCUGGAGGCACUGGAAAAGGAGGCUCUGGCCACGCGGCGCAAAGGACACAACAUUUUACGAAAGGCUAAACUCCAGCUUAGUCGAUCUGCCCUCAAUAGGUCAAAGGCUGAUUUUGCACGAACACUCAAGAAGGAAAUAAAAAUGGAAGCCAAGCUGGAGAAGAUGAGGCUAAAGCAGGGUUCAGCGGUCGGAGGAUUCAGCAAGAUGUCUGGCUACUCCACGUUUGCAGGUGUAGCGAAGAGCUACAUGGAUGCUAAGGAUGAGCCCCUAGGGGCGGGGGACCAUGGAGAGGAGUUAGGACUUUCUGGCCGUGCCCGUGCAGGUGUGGUUUGUGCUGUGUGUAAGGAUUCCAACCUGCCCCCACUGAGGCGGCGUAACUACUACGGCGUCCCGUGUUGUGACGGCUGUCGGAGAUUCUACAGGGUCCAUAUGAAGCGGGCCAAAGAGAAAGACUUUUUCUGUAACGGUAACUGUAGUACAGAUAUACGACGGUGUGUGUUCUGCCGGUACCUGAGAUGUCAGGAGGUGUUUCCCGCGGAGGAUAAACUUAAACCAUUGAAGGAAUCACCAACCAAGAAACUUAUCCAAGGAGACUCAGCAGAGGAAGGAUUGAUGUCACCCCCUGGACAGACAGAAGACGGGUCAGAGGAAGGUGUUUCAGCAGCUGGUCCAUUGCCUAGCUCGCCCGAGAGUGUUGCCUCGUCCCCAGCCUCCGAGGGACGAGGGCCCCGCAUCAAGCACGUGUGUAGGAAAGCUGCGGUAGUGCUUGGGAAGCCGGUAGCCAAGUUCCCGCAGACUUCCCUUCAGUCUUCUUCAGAAAUCACACUAAGUGCCUUACCCAGGGGAGAGAAAGUCAAACUGUGGAAAAAGGAGGAGGAAACGAAAGCAGAGUUGUCAGAUGAUGAGCGGACACUAGAUGAGAUUAUCCAGCAGUCAGAAGACAACGUGUGUACAGUUAAAAGGUCCCCACACAAGUCUCCAGCCCUUGGUCGACUUGUCCCGGGCUCCCGAGGUAGACUCACUGUCCGCAGACGAAAGCUCCGCUGUAAAAAGUGUCCAGGCUGUCUGGCCAAGGAUUGUGGCAAGUGUCUGCAUUGCCAGGACAAGCCAAAGUUCGGAGGACGUGGAGUGAUGAAGCAGGCUUGUGUUGACAGGAAAUGUGCAUUCCCUCGGUACUCACGGGCGGCCACGGCAGCCUUUAUCAAACCGAAGGACCUACCGCCAGACAGUGAAUCUUGUGAGCAAGGAUGUGACAUGCUAGUUGAUUCGUCUGAACAAUGUGACCCUUCCCAGAAUACAAUGGGAUGUAGCAGUAUCAAUCCCAACACCAAGAACGGAAACGGAACAAGCUCCAGCAUGAACCUGAUCAGACGGAUGGUGCUACAUAGUCAGGGAAAUGCUCGUCCCGAAGCAGGAGUCAAACAUUCCGGGGACUCAGAAUCAGGGAUCAGGACGCCUGCAAACAUCAGUCGGCAGUUGCUGCCUCACUUUAGUGGAGGAUUGUCCCGAGAAAACUUGUCACAAAAAUCUGGACGCCAGAGUCCGUUGGUGCCACCCUAUCGUUCAGGAGAUCCCUCAAAGAAAUCGGGACUAAGUGUGCUGUCACCAAAGAAAUUACCGAAAGGAAAGGACAGGAACCUGACAGUACUGCGGUCAGAGCAGUGUGUUCUCCAGCCAUUACCGUCCACCAUGAGACACUGGGCAGGCUUUGGGUCACAGUGCGGGUACAGAAUAAAGGCUGAAUACAAGGAGAAUUACGAUAUUUACAAGGCAUGGCAGAUGGGUGUUCCGCUUACGAUGUCGGGGCCGCUCUGUGUCCGUACAGCAUGUUAUCUCUGUGGCAGUGCGGGUAAACACGAGUUUGUGUUCUGUAACGUUUGUUGUGAACCGUUCCACGAGUUCUGUCUUGAGGAAGAUGAACGUCCAACUGAAGACAACUGGGAAAACUGGUGCUGCCAUCGUUGUCAGUUUUGCCACGUGUGUGGGGAACAGUACAACCUCCUGCGCUGUGACAAAUGUCAGAACACAUAUCACCCCGAGUGCCUUGGACCGAACUAUCCCACGAAGCCCUCCAAGAAAAAGAAGAUCUGGGUUUGUACAAAGUGUGUCCGCUGUAAAAGCUGUGGGUCGACCACGCCAGGAAACGCCGGACACGCCACAUGGACUUAUGAUUUCCAGCUCUGUUAUGAGUGUGGCAAACUAAUGGACAAAGGAAACUUCUGUCCGCUGUGCCAUAAGUGUUACUCUGACGACGACUGGGAGUCGAAGAUGGUUCAGUGUGUGAGCUGUGACAGCUGGGUACACGCCAAGUGUGAAGGACUCAACGAUGAAAUGUAUGAGCGGGUGUCGUUCCUACCAGAGGAUGUUCACUAUAUCUGUAAAAUGUGUUCCCCUGGCGACCGUCCACGUCACUGGGAACUGGUUCUGCGGGACGACCUCCAGGCUGGCAUCAAAUCUGUCUUUUACACUCUCCUCAGUGCCAAGUGUGCCCAGCAUCUCCUACAUAUUGAUGUCAAGGAGGAGCCAGUGGAGAAGGAAGAAGUGUCUAAGGGAGGAAGUAGUUCUGCUGGAACAGCUGUUACAGAGUGCAAUAAAGAACAAUCAUCAUUGGAGGGAGUAAGAGAUUGUGAUAGAACAGCCAACUAUGAAAACAAAGUUAGCAAAGAAUUAGCAGAAAGUAAAUCAGAAGGGGGGAAAUCAAAUGAUCCAACGUCGAGGAAAGAAGGUGCUAGUAUGUGUAACACAGAGCGAACGUUGGUAAGCAUGGAAACGGACAAAGAUGAUGUAACACCAAUAACAGACUUAAAAUGUGAUUCUAACUCCUUGGGUAGGGCAAUAGGGAAGGAGACAGAUUUAGACAAGGGGCGGGGAAUUUUGUUAAAGGGUGGGGCACGUGUGGGCUUGGGGAAUGAAGCAAACUGUGAUAUUAAAACUGGUGAAGAUUCCUUAGCGGAGAAACCUGUGCCUUGGACAGUUGGAGGGUCAGGUGAUGGGGAAGGUCAUGAAUGUGAUGUUCCUAUGGAGGUAGACGAACCAAGUAAAACUGAAGGAACAGCCUCUGAAAAUGAAUCUGGGGGAGGGAAAAACAUUCUUGGAAUAGCCACUGUGAAUAGUUUACAGGGAAGUAGUGAAACAGAUUUUAAAAACAAAUUAAUGGGAGGUAGUGUCAUUGAUGAAACAGCUUCUCAGAAGGAAUCAGAGGGAAGUUGUAAUGAUGAUGGAAUAGCUUUACAGAAUAAGCUAAAGGCAGACACACAAGGGUCAAUAACUGACCACAAAGACGAGGUAGAUGGUGGUCAGAGUAGUGGUCAAGUAGGUGACAAGGAACAAGUGUGUUCGCAUCCCAUGGUUGACCAAUCACAAUCCAUCAAACUAACAGAACCAUGUUUAUCAUCAGAUAAGGACCAAUCAGCACCUGAGAAAUCUAAAUCAAUUGUACAAUCAGAGAUCAUUUCAAUCACAGACAAUGACAGUAAUCAAAUGGAAGUGGAAGGAGAAUCGGUGCUUAAUAGUGACCAAUCAAAUUCAAUUAUACAGGAUUGUAAAGUAGAAUGUGACCAAUCAGAUUCAAGUUUACAGCUGAAGUCAGCUCAAUCAGAGGACAUUUCUAAAGUAGAGGUUAAGACAGAGGAAAGUAGGUCAGAGACAGCAUCAAACAUAGACAACAAUAACUCAUUGGACUUCAAGAGUGAGGAUACAAAAUGUGAAACCUCUCAAAGUGAGGAUACAAAAUGUGAAACGUCUCAAAGUGAGGAUACAAAAUGUGAAACGUCUCAAAGUGAGGAUACAAAAUGUGAAACCUCUCAAAGUGAGGAUACAAAAUGUGAAACGUCUCAAAGUGAGGAUACAAAAUGUGAAACGUCUCAAAGUGAGGAUACAAAAUGUGAAACGUCUCAAAGUGAGGAUACAAAAUGUGAAACGUCUCAAAGUGAGGAUACAAAAUGUGAAACGUCUCAAAGUGAGGAUACAAAAUGUGAAACGUCUCAAAGUGAGGAUACAAAAUGUGAAACGUCUCAAAGUGAGGAUACAAAAUGUGAAACGUCUCAAAGUGAGGAUACAAAAUGUGAAACGUCUCAAAGUGAGGAUACAAAACGUGAAACGUCUCAAAGUAAGGAUACAAAAUGUGAAGCAUCUCGACCUGAAGAUACUAAAUGUGAAUCUCCUGAAAAAGAAAAAGAUACAAGAUGUGAAACUAAAAGUGAUGAAUUGAAAUGUGAAACUCCAAAAGACAACCAAGUAUGUAAAACAAAGUGUGAAACUCCUGAAAAAUUGAAGUUCUCCCCAAUUACAGAUAUCUCCUUGAUAACGCCCAAAAAGUCUGGAAGCACGACCUCAGUACAUGUCCGGUUCAACGAUAAAAGUGGAAUAUUUAGAAAAGCAGCGCCUAGUCGUGAUUACCCUCUCGACUUCAAUGCUGUGAAAGCCAAGAUGGCCGCUGACAAAUACAACAACGUGGAGGAGUUUAGCGAGGACAUGGCACACAUCAUAUCCCAAGCUUUAAAUGAUUCCACUGACCAGAGGAUUGUACGCAAGAAAAACAACAACUCGGUCCGCUCCAUGUUUGCCAAGCAAAUGGAGAGAUGUUUUCCUUGGUUUAAUAUAAAGACCUGCAAACUCUGGAACGAGCAACAGAACCUACCUGGUGGGAUGUUACCGGACGCUGUGAUACCACCGUCUGAGGACCAUACGUACGCCCAAUGGCUGGAGCGUCAAGACAUGCCUAGGUCACCCCAGCCCUCGCCUUUCAAGAAACUCCACAGCACCCCGAUACGCAAGGCUCUUCCCAUGGCUGUGGAUGAGGAUGCUGAGAAGGUAUUGUCAUGUGACCUGGAGGAUUCAGGCGAAGACAUGCGACGGUGCAUCCUGUGUUGGCACUAUGGAGACGCUGAUCCAAAUGACGCUGGACGCCUACUUUACUCCGGACAAGAUGACUGGAUCCACAUUAACUGUGCGCUGUGGUCAGCAGAGGCCUACGAAGAGGAGCUGGACGGGUCACUUCAGUAUGUCCAUGCGGCCGUGUCCAGAGGAAAACUUUUGAAGUGUGACCGCUGUAAUCGUUCGGGUGCGACGGUUGGCUGCUGUAUGCGGGGAUGUCCGGCCAACUACCACUUUAUGUGUGCCCGACACAGCAACUGUGUGUUCCAGGAGGACAAGAAGGUCUUCUGUAGUCUUCACCUUGACAAGGUCGAUGGCGACCUGGUUGCCAUGGACCGAUUUGCUGUGAACCGACGAGUUCUUGUCAACAUGGAGGGUGUCAAGUGGGCCAAGAAGACCUGGGCCAAGGGGCUCGACCCCGGGGUCAUCAAUGUGCUCAUCGGGUCGUGUACUGUGGAGUCCCUAGGGAGACUGAUUCUGUCCUCAGACUACAGAGAUUGUCUGGCACCCGCAGAAUUCAGUUCUUCGCGAGUGUUCUGGAGCACGAAGGACGCACGCCGUCGCUGUGUUUAUAACUGCCGCAUCGUGGAAGUCAAGCCGGACAGUCCAAAAUCCAUGAAGGUCGUUCUGAAGGACAUGACAAUUAUACACGACACAAGUCAUCCAGAUUACGUUCCCUUGUCGACACUUGACAUCCCAGGAGUGAAUCUCUUCCCUGACACCGAAUCACAUAGCAACAAUAAUAACAACAGUUUAAAAUCGGACGUUAUUGAUCUGUCGGGUGACUCGUACGAAAUGGACGGUUUAGUUACUUACCAGUCCGCAAGCUUUCAAGGUCAAGGUCUCAGUUCUAGUUAUAAUGGUAAUUCUUCUUUCGCUGCAGAGUCCGAUUCUCAGACAGACAAGCUCAGUAGUUCUUGGCCCCUCGUGAAAAAGAAAUCCUCAAAAGUGGACUUGACAGUGUUAUCUCCAAAAACCCUCAAACUGCUGAACAUCAAGGACCCAGAGCUGUAUAAGAGAGAUAGUGUACCUGUUCCUGAGAAACCAGCAUUAAUACAAGCUCCACCUAGUGUUACCGAGAACAAAUUCAGUGGUUUCUUGACAAAAAUUGCUGACCGUCUGAAUCAAGCAGCUGCGCGUAAUCGUAAUAUUAAUCGUAAAGAUGGUGAAAAGAAUACUCCGUCUUCUGCUGUGCGUGGGAGGUCAAGGUCAAAUUCCGUUGAAAGGAUGCUGUCAUCAAGGUCAAACUCAGUUGAAAGGUUCGUGCCCUCUCCUCUGUCUCGUGAGAGGUCGAAAUCUGUGGAACGAUUUGUGACCUCUCCCUUGCCUUUUUCAAGGUCAAGGUCAAACUCAACUGAAAGAGAAUAUCUAGCUGGUUCUUCUGUUACCCUGCCAGAGAGCAACAGUGAGCCCGUCAACGAUAUGGAAACCUCUCAGACCAAAGAUCCGGACACAGAUGGAAAUGCCACAUUUUCUACUGUGUCUGCUGAAGAGUCCAUGGACCAAUCAGGAAUGACAACUGACUCCAGCCUCGAACCAAUUGCCGAGGAGGGAAAUUUGAAUGCAGAAAACAUUCGAGAGACCGUGAUUGUGUUACCUGAGGACUGCGGAGAACUCACUGAGGAGGAGGUCAUUGCUAUUGCGCAGGCAGCUCUUCAGCAACAAGAAGGAGUGGAAAAUCUGGAACUACAAGACGCAGAGGAAACUUGCAAUCAAACAGAGGAUCAGUUGGAGGAAAACUCGGGAGAAUACAAUGUUGUGAAACAAGGUGAUACAAGUGAAAGUCAACAGUUAAAGGAUUCAAAUAAAGAGGAAACGGAAACCAUUGACGAUCCUUUGGGACCGAUAACCACUGACGAUUGUUGUGAUACAAGGGAGACGUCUAUGGAAUAUUCUGCUGACAAAACGAAAACAGUCUCUCCAGGGGAGAUAACUACAGAUUAUUCGGGUGAGGUAAGGGUUACAGUUGAGAAGCCUCAAGAAGAGACAGCUUUGAAAAAUUCAGUUGAGAUACAGGAAAAUACUAUGGACCAUUUUGGUGAUUCAAGGGAGAUAACUCAGGAAGACAGGAUUAGUGAGGCUACGGAAACAAACAGUACCACAGAGACAGAUACUCAAAUACAAACCUCUGCUGGAAAUAAAACUGGGGGUCAACAUGGGACAACCAUCUUUGAUUCUACCGAUGACUCAACUGACGAAUUAGAAGCUGCAAGCAAUGUUGAUAUAAAUGACGUGAUACUUAUAGACAUAACUAAAUCAAAACCAGAGUCAGAGGAGAAAAACAAUUUGGGACCAGAACAAGAGUUAGGUGUAAAGAGAUCUGAUGGUCUGUACUUGUGCAGCAGCUCCGGAAUGCUUCUAGACAACUGUACUGUGGAAUCAAGCACAGACAAACGUUUGUCUGGAUCUGUGUGCAAUGAGGACUCGACUGAAUCUGUUUCAGAGAAGUGCUUGAAUGAGUCGGUGUCUAACAAAAGCUUGAACGAACUUGUUCCUGUUGAAAACUUGUCUGAAUCAGUAUCAAAGAAAGGUUUGACUGACUCUGUAUCAAAAGAACGUAUUGAUGAAUCAAUAUCAAAUGAAAUCUUGGCAGAAUCCAUGUCAAAUGAAAGGUUACCGAAGGUGCAGAGUGUGGGACCAAUGGAGACACAGGAUCAGAUGCAUACAGAUGAGGACAAUGUAAGUUUUAAUGACCGAUGUCCAUCAGCUCUGGACCAGAGACUGACCAAGGAGGAGAGUUUAGUGGACACAACUGGACAGGUCCCAGAUGUUGUGAGAGAAAGUCUCCCAGGAAUUUCCCAUGCCAUAGCUGAGGAAACCAUGUUGACCAAUCAGCACGCAUCUGACAGUGAAGAAACAAUGUUGACCAAUCAGCACACAGCUAACAAUGAAGAAACAAUGUUGACCAAUCGGCACACAGCUAACAAUGAAGAAACAAUGUUGACCAAUCAAAAUGCAGCUGACAGUGAAGGUUGGAAUCGUGAUCACAUGCUGUCAGGGAAAGAUGAAUCUGUAAAGAGGGGUAACAAUAUAGAAAUAACAGCAAUAGACUUGACAGGCGAUGACUUGGAUGACGAUUCAAAUAAGAUGACAAAUGAACCAGCGACCAAGUCAGAUGAAUGUGAUCGCAUAACCCGGAGAGAAGAAAUUAGAAAGACAGAUUUGUCCAGGAGAAACAACUCUCAAAUAAUCGGGAAGGAACCUGAUUCACAAAUAGUUGUACGAACAGAACCAUUACAUUUCCUUCGUCCGAUUGAAGAGAAACCGUUAAAGAAGAAAAUAUCCCAUAAGAAAUCACCAACGCGGAAAUUGAAAUAUGGUAAAAGUAAUAAAGACGUUCCAAAAGAUGCCAAAAGUAGGUCAGAGACUGGAGUUCGCGUGGAGACAGAUGAUCAGGACGGGGCCGAUACUUCAAGGGCAACUCCCAAGGUCGUCGAAGAUAAAAUAUCCGGUACAGAUCAUGAGAAUUCUGAACACGAAAUGAUAUCUAAUACCAUUCACUUGAACAUUUUAACAAAAUCUGUUUCUGAUGACGAUGAACAACAGGGUGCUGUAGAAUCUGAUACAAUAAGAGAGUUGGCUCCCUCACCAGUUGAUCAGGUGGACAAGACCACGGAAAAAGAUCUUACACAGAGAAUUCCGUUAUCGGAUCAUACUCAGAGUGCAGAGAUUGUGGAACCAAUAUAUAAUACAAGGAAUGAGCUAAUUGGUCAUCGUGUUAUGGUCGCUGGCGACAGUGACAGUCCCUCAGAUUUAGCGACUCCGGACUCGGACAGAAGAACUAGUCCGACUCCGGACUCGGACAGAAGAACUAGUCCAACGACCGACCUCUGGAAUAUGGUAGUAAAGGAAUUAGUCAGCGAAAAUCCUGAAAAGUUUCAACCAAUCCAAACCGAUGUUUCUCAAUCUAUGGGUCCACAGGAUACUGUUUCCGUUGAUGAUGUUAAUCGUGGGGACAAAGAAGGAGUAAAUUGUAAAAACGUAGAUGAAAUCCCCGCUGAUGACCGCGAUCCUCGAGGAGACAUGGGAGAUCACUCCGUCAAGGAUCAAGGUGAGGGUCAGAUAUCUGGAGCUCGCAAACUUCAGUCCCUGUCUGAAUCACUUGAAGCAGCGCAGGGGGGUGAUAAUUCGGAGGAACGAGCAGCCGAAAUGGUAACCGAUAUAGUGAAGGAGGAUGAUAAACCUUGUAUCACUGACGACCAGUCACCGGUAAAACCAGUUCAACCCUCGCCAGUCAUUGCUGAGAACAUGGAUAAGUCACCAGUAAAUAAAACACCAGUCAAAGUCAAUACCGAGGAAGAGAAGAGACUAGAGAAGGAAAAGACAGAGAUUCUUAAAGGCCUCGGACUGGCUAGGACUCCCACAGGAAACGAGGAAAUUUCCAGUCCAGACUUCAGCAACAAGUCCUCCCCACUCAAGAAAUAUCCCCUCCGUCACCGUCGGUCAAAUUCAGGACACUCAGAUGAGAGUCCGGUCAAGGCUGAAAUUGACUGGUGGAGUGAUCAAAAGCUGCCCAUUCAUAUGGAAAUAGCCCAGAAAAUAAAGGCAGAGAGUCUGUCGAAGAGCAUUCCUGGAGCCAAGGGACCGUUUAAAUGUCCUACAUGUAGGCGUCUGUAUCGCACGCGGGAAAGUUUCAAAACUCAUGUGAAAUUCUGUGACUUCGAGGUCAGUACAAGUGAUGACGAGGAGGAAGAGGAGGAAGAAGAAAAGGAUGAGGAAGCGAAGGAUGGAAGGAGGCGAUAUUCCGUCCGGGAGCACACCAUGGAGGCCAGAAAAGCAAUGGCUGGGGAAAUGAGAGCACUAGAGGUAUUACAAAACAGGGAGGCAUCUCCCAACAAGAAACGAGGAAGGCCAAAACGAUCUCUUUACGACGAUUCCAAAGAUUGUACAUCCUCAAAUCACAUCAGUAGCCCAAUAACGGAUGAUGGCACGCCUCCUGUCAAACGUGGACGAGGAAGACCAAAGAUGUCGCCAAAUAUCGUAAUGUCUGAUAAAGAGAAAGAUCAUUCACAGAAAAAUAAUACAGACUCAGUAACUGGACAUUCACAGGACGGAGCAACAAACACUCCGGAGACUGGUGCAAGUAAAGGAAAACGGGGUAGACCUCCAAAAUUGAAGUCACCCGACCGUGGAAAAAGUCCCAUUAACAGGGAAGGGAAUGAUAUUGUCACGCCUGUUGCACAGGGGACUAGUUCAGAGAGGGAAGGAACGGAGGGCAUCAGAAAACGAGGAAGACCAUCCCUGAAGAGUUCCAAGACACAACCUGAUAAAGAAGAUGUUGGGAAGGCUACAGGUGAGAGGUCACCACUUAAAACACUGACCCCCACAAAAAUAGACAUUGUCAGAAAGCGGGGACGUCCAUCCUUGACAUUUUCGCCGAAAGAAGAUCAUUCAGAGGAAGAAAUUGUACCUAGAAAGAGAGAAAGGCUGUCAGGUGGAGGGUUGAAAAGCCCUCCUCUUCGUAGUCCUUCCAGAGGACUAAUGGGAGUGCCAAGGGGGCGAGGCAGGCCCAGUCCCAUAACAGGCUUGGUCGGGUCGCCAAGGGGGCGAGGCAGGCCCAGUACCAUAACAGGCUUGGUCGGGUCGCCGGGGGGUAGAGGUAGGCCGCCAAAAACAAAUCCUUUAUCUGUUAAAAUGGAAAGUACAGAAGAAUCUAUCCAAACUAGACAUACAGAAAGACACAGUACAGAAGAUGGAGUGCCAGUCGAAAAAGCUGAGCAACAGGAAGUUAACAUGCACAGUGGAAAUGUCUCUCCUAUCCGGCGGCGUGGACGACCUGCAAAAAUAUUGAGGUCUCCAAAGAAGAUUGAAAAUGAUGAAAAAGCAUCAGAGGAACUUCCAUCAGUCUUUGAAAUAUUUGCCCCAGUUGAAGGAAAUGUAUCAGUAUCUGUAACAUCUCCAGAGGGAAUAGUUAACGUAGGAAAAUCUUUCACUUCUCCAGAGGUGACUGGAAAUACAUCAGAUUCUUUCACUUCACCUGGUGUUAAAAGGAAGAGAGGAAGACCCUUCAAAAACAAGAAAAUUCAAGGGAGGGAACCCAUCAAAAGAGACGAGAACAACAAACUUCAUCAAAGGAGUAAAUCUGCAAUGACAGCAGCAGAAAUGAACAAAGAAAGUCCAGAGGUCAAAGGUCGCAAAUCUGACUUGAAGGUCAGGGAUGGACUGUAUACGGAGAGUGGUAGACCCUCGCGGCGAUCAGCCUCACUAGCAUUGCAGAAAUUUGAGGACAACUUUGGAGCAGACACGGACAACGCAUUAGGUAAUGAAGAGGACGGUGAUCAAGUGGGAGAGAAAGUCUCUGGGACAGGAAGUAAUACUCGGAGAAAGCAGCACAUUGUUGUCCGAAAGGAUUCAGAGGAAGAGCAUGUGGAGUCCAAGGGAAAUAACUCUCUUUCCGAGUCAACAAGCAAACAGAAUGAUAACGUGUCUUGUAGGACAUCACAGAGGGAGGAAGGUAACCACAUUGUAAGAGACAGCGAUUAUCAUAAGGUAGGCAGCAGUGCGUUGUCAGCAAUCGUGAUUGACAGUGAAAAUGAGGAGGAGGAGGAACAAAUGAAAGAACAGGGGGCACAGACAACAGAACAUGUACAACAUGUCAGAAAGGAUGGACAAUCUUCUUCGUCAUGCACGGAGAGAAAAGAUGCUGCAGUCAGUGAAAGUGAACCAAAUGACAUCGCCACGACAGUAUGUUCACCUGAAAAAGAUAACAAAAAACAGCGUGAAGUUUUGUCACAAUCCAAUCUGGUUAACACAACUGCUACAGUUCAACAGGCAGAGAGUCACAGUAAACACACAAGUAUAACAAUGGUUGGGGCUGGAGUUAGCAAAGGCAUGCAAGAAAUCUCUGGUCCAUCCUCGAGUUGUUCAACGUCUGCGACCACAGGGUCUAAUUCUCAGAGCCGUGUUAAAAUGACCUCAACGUUUGGUGUCCAGACGGAGGAGGAGGAGGAAGAAGACGAGCAGGACUUCCAACAAGAACUUUCUCCUCAGCGUAGGUGUAACCCUAGCUCUGAACCAAUCAUCCGUAUUAAGAUACAGCAACCUCACAGCUCCAGUACAGCUGGUAUAGGCGACAACAUGGUACACCCUACGACCCCUGUGUCGAUCCGUAACCUUCUGCAGCAAAAGAUCGCUGGGGCUCAAGCCGCUACGCCUGGUUACCAAGUCGUGAAGAUCCAACGCCCCAAGAGUGCAGACACGCUGAAGGAUGACAUCAGGAGUAUACUUCCCGUGCUGCCCCCCAACAUACUGGAGCAGCUACGUGACCCUUUACUGAGGUUUGAGGCAGUCAAAAUGAUACAGAAUCUCAUCAAGGUCAAAUCUGCAUCGGAUGCUGUUAAGUCGAUUACACAACCAACAGUGGAGACACAAAAUGUUUUAGACAAUAUCACACCAAUCCCAAAAUUCACGUUGCCUAGUAACCUCAGCACACGCGAGGCAAUUCAGAAAUACAUAAAGUCACAUGUAAGUCAGCGCAACAAAGAGUCUGGGGUGGAACAGCCACAACAGUCUAACAUGGUGGUCACGACUCGGCCUCUGGCCCAGGAGGCCAUGUCUGGGCCAUCUUAUCACAUGGUGUCCCCCAGCGUCAGUGAUCCCCGUCUGCUCUCGCCUGCGGCAAUGACCACCGGCUUCCAGGUGAUGACGCCCACGCACAACAGUCUCGGAGGGACUGUCCUUCAGGUGCCUAGUAACCUUCCUUAUCAACUGUCACCACCACAAUCACUACCACAACUGUCUCCACAACUACCGAUGGCCACACAUUCGAUGAGUCACCUGCCGCAGCUUGCACCCCGGAUGCAGGUGAAUACUCAGUCAUCUGUGACUCGACUGUUGCAGUCCUCAGCGAGCCCGCAGUACAUUGGGGAAAUGUCCGGCAUUCAGCAACUCCAAAACUUUCAGUCUUCACAGUUACCUCCCUUUAACAUCGGACCGAGUUCAGUGAACCUAUCCCAGCAGCCCUUGCCUCCAUUUAACAUCGCAGCUUCACCACAGUCAGUACUUAGUGUGACGACAACACCGACCCCAAUGGGUCAAAGGGCAGUCCUUAUGGGACCUCCAAUGGGAGCCUAUAACAUUCCACAAGUUUCAGGCUUGAGGCCCCAGGAAGGGGUCUCCAGUUUGCCGGGUACUGUUAUGAUUCCUCAAAACAUACCCAUUGCAUCACAGACGUUUAGUACCUCUCAAAUGGCCUCAAACACCAAUCAACUGUCUGAGUUGAUGCCUGGAAGCACAGGGAAUUCUGGGAGUACACAGCUUACAGGUGUUACAGGUGUUACAGGUGAGGAGGUCGUUAAGAGGAACACGAACACCUUAGUCCGUAUAUUUGUGGACGGUAAACCGGUUGCUGUGACGACAGAUCCAUCUGUGCUUAACAACCGUGACAAAUUGUUGUCGCGUCUCGGCUCCACCAACCUGCAAGCAGGAACCUACAGCAUCACAGUGUCGACACACAAGAUGUCCAUCGGCACCAACACAUUGACCAUGGCCGGUCAGUCGUCCACGCCUAGUCCACUGUCAAUGGGUUCAAGAUGUAAUGACAGCCGUGUGUUACAGUCGAUACUUAAAGCGCCGCCAGCGUCUAGUCUGGGUACACCCAUUUAUUCUGCGGUGACGACCUCCACUGUGGGGUCCACCUCCAGCAUCAUGUCCACCGGUGCAGUGUCUCCAGUUAGCGACAGUGUCAUCUAUCAACAAGAGCAGGAAAUCAGCAAAAUGCUGUCGAAAAAGGAGUUGACUGCCGUCAGUAACCUUCAUUCAUACGUGAAAAAUACUGAUGGGAAAGUGAGAAGGCCUAUGGUAAAACCUAACAUUAUCCACAAAAAACGGGUAGCAGGAACUUCAAGUUUGAGCAAAAAGAUGCUGGUUACCAUGGAGAAAAACGGGGUGAUCCAGGGGGCACUUGCGAAGGCACUAAUGCGCAAACUUGUGAAAACCAAUAACGAAAUCUCGCCAAAGAAGAAAAUUGUGUUCCGUGGCCUCCAUUCGCCAGCUAAGGUUCUGACAGAGAAGUCAGAGUCCACUGACAUUUCACCUGUGCGUGAAGAAAAAGCAAGUAAACAAACGACAGGUGUCAUGAAGAUUAGGAGAGUGAACGCCACCAACAAGAUCAAGAUAAACACCAUCAAAAAGGGCAUACGGAGACGGAAAACGCCACUGAAGCCCAGGAGUGUGGCUCUUCCCCACGUUACAGGUGUAAUGAGCCACCCGAUUCUGCACGCUCAGAAAGAUCUGCUCACGUUACCACAGCCCGAGAUCGAAGAGGAAGUGAUCGCCACACCCUACUCCAAGGCCAGCGAACCACACGGACGUGGCCCAGCGCACGACACGGCUCGCAGCAAAAAUGAUCCCUACCUUGUGUUCGAGAUCAACAGUGAUGACGGGUUCUCCUGUCGUGCAGAUAGCAUGGACGAGGCGUGGAGACAGGUAGCAGAGAGAGUUCAAGAUGCUCGAGUAGCCGCUCACAUGAAGCAACUUUCCUUCCAAAGUAUGAGCGGUGUGACCAUGUUUGGCGUUAAUCACAACUCGCUACGCUACCUCAUAGAACAGCUGAAUGGUGUACAACACUUCCGUAACUACGAGACACUCUACCAUCACUACGACCUUUCACCCGAGGAGCUGGAGCCGGCGGAGAAUCCUACCGGCAGUAUCCGGACCGAGGGUUACCAUGGACGCAAGCCGUUUGACAUGUUCAGCUUCCUCAUGUCUAUGUACCGUCGCAAACCGAACCCUGUCCCCGCCGGCAAGAGUGACGUGGAGAUGAACCUGAAGUCGCAAAGACGAGCUACCAGCAUGGAUCUGCCAAUGGCGAUGAGGUUCAGGAAACUCAAGGAGCACUCGCGGGAGGCUGUGGGUGUAUACAGGUCACUUAUACAUGGCCGGGGCCUGUUCUGUAAGAGGAAUAUUGACGGCGGGGAGAUGAUCAUUGAGUAUGCAGGGGAGGUAAUCCGCUCCUCUCUCACCGACAAGAGGGAGAAGUAUUACGAAAGCAAGGGCAUAGGGUGUUACAUGUUCCGUAUAGACGACAUGGAUGUCGUGGAUGCCACAAUGCGCGGCAGUGCCGCUCGCUUUAUCAACCACUCUUGUGAGCCCAACUGCUACUCCAAAGUCAUACAGGUGGACGGCAAGAAACACAUCGUCAUAUUCGCCAGUCGAGCGAUCAAACGGAGCGAGGAACUAACAUAUGACUACAAGUUCCCUAUUGAGGAGGUCAAGAUCCCGUGUACAUGUGGACAAAAACGAUGUCGCAAAUACCUCAACUGAAGACUUACAAGUUCCCUACAGAGUAAGAGGUCAAGAUCCUGUCAAAUUGUGAACAAUACAAAAAACAAUGUCACAAGUACCUUAACUAAGGACUUACAAGUUCCCUGUUGAGGAGGUCAAAAUCCUGUAUACAUGUGGACAAAAACGAUGUCGCAAAUACCCAAACUUAUGACUACCAAGUUCCCAUUUGAGGAGGUAAAGAUCCUGGUUACUUGUGAACAAGAAAAAAUUGAUGUUGCAAGUACCUCAACUAAGGACUAAAAGUACCUUACAGAGGAGGUCAAGAUUGUGUGUACCUGUGGUCAGAACGGGUUUUGUAAGUACCUCAAAUGAGGGGCGUCUAUACUAUCCUAAGGACUGUAAGAAGGCUUGGAGGUUCCCAAAUUUUCAAUAACUUAAUUCCAAAAAGACCAAUGAACACAUUGUAUCCAUUAAAUCACCAAUCAUAACAGGAUGUGUUUGUUUCUGUGAUUGACUCCUAGUCAACAUGUUACAGUGUUGUUCAGAUGACUAACCUUGACAUUGAGCUUUGACCUACACUGUCCAGAAGGAGGCGGAGUAUAACUUUGACCUGCACUGUCUAGAAGGAGGCAGAGUUUAACUUUGACCUGCACUGUCCAGAAGGAGGCGGAGUUUAACUUUGACCUACACUGUCCAGAAGGAGGCGGAGUUGAACUCAACCGUUGCUGCCUGGAAGGAGGCGGAGAUUUGUCUGUGAUAUUUUAUCUGUUUGUGUGUAUAGGAAGAAAAAAACUUGAUGAAGCGUUGUUGCUGUCUGUUAAUUGAACUUUGUCGAUGAUUGUGAGAUAAAAGUUUAAACUUGUCAGACAACCAACAUUAGACUGAAUGGUCACCCCGUGUAUUUGAUUGAUAUAAAAUAGCCACAUAUUUUUUAACUUAACCCUUACAUUAGAUAGAGGGUUGUCUAUCGGGCUUAGUUAACUUAACCCUUACAUUAGAUAGAGGGUUGUCUAUCGGGCUUAGUUAACUUUACCCUUACAUUAGAUAGAGGGUUGUCUAUCGGGCUUAGUUAACUUUACCCUUACAUUAGAUAGAGGGUUGUCUAUCGGGCUUAGUUAACUUUACCCUUACAUUAGAUAGAGGGUUGUCUAUCGGGCUUAGUUAACUUUACCCUUACAUUAGAUAGAGGGUUGUCUAUCGGGCUUAGUUAACUUUACCCUUACAUUAGAUAGAGGGUUGUCUAUCAGGCUUAGUUAACUUUACCCUUACAUUAGAUAGAGGGUUGUCUAUCGGGCUUAGUUAACUUUACCCUUACAUUAGAUGGAGGGUUGUCUAUCGGGCUUGGUUAACUUUACCCUUACAUUAGAUAGAGGGUUGUCUAUCGGGCUUUGUUGACUUGGUGCUGCUAGCAAAUACAGUUCCUUCUGUCCACGUUUUACCUAUUGACCAGCGAAGUGAGUCAUCAGUUAGGAAGGAUUUGAACCAACUGAUAAAUAUUUGUUUUAAAAUAUUUUGCUAUCACUAAGAAUCAACAUGGCUACCAAUCACAUGUAGUGCAAUUUCUCUGUAUCAGACGAGUUUUAGGUCAUCACUGUGUUAGUAUGUCAUAUUUUAUUCAACUUGCAUUUUUCAAAUACUGUAAUAAUGGCAAUAAAUCAGAACCCUUUACCCUUUCACCCCUAGGUAACUUUGGUAGACCGUACCAUGCAUUUAUUGGGGUGAAUCCAUUAUGGUCUUUAUGGUGGUAAAAGGGUUAAUAACCUGGGUCUUCAAACUUAAUUUCAACUCAAAAUGUGCAAGAGUAGAGUUCAUUUUUUCUUGAGGUAUACCAGCCUCAAACAUAUUUUAUCUUGAGGUAUACCAGCCUCAAACACAUUUUAUCUUGAGGUAUACCAGCCCCAAACACUUUUUUCAUCAAUAUUUACAGAAAACCAACAGUCCAGAAUAAAUGUGGAAAAUUUCUUUAGUGUUUAAACAUAAUGUCUUGGGAGUGGGGGAGGAACUGUAAUUAAUGUAAUUAAAUCAUUCACCCCUGAAGAAACAUUUGAACUCUUCCAAUUCAAAGGUUGGAAUUGUUCAUUAUGACAUUUCAGGGGUGAAUGAGUUAAGGUUCCAGCCUUAAAUGUUUCCAACAAUGUGUAAUUGAGAUAAUAUCAGAGAGAUAGUAGAAAAAUCAAAGCGAUCAGGCUGAUUACUGUUAAAUUCUAGAAAUAUUUAAUGAAGUAAAUAUAUGGAGACUGGGAUGGUUCCGUUUUUGUAUUCAGUGUCUAUGUGACUGUAGAGGCAGCUAUUUCAUUGUGAAGAAGAGACGUGGUCGUCAACCUGUGUGCCAAGCCAGCACGCAUUUCACAUUACUGUAUAUCUAUUAUAUAUGUAGAACAACAUAUUAACUCAUUCACCCCUGAAAUUUUAUAAUGAACUAUUCCA